AUGGAGGAUCCUAAUUUGAGUUUCAAAAUAAUAAAUGAUGAAGGGGUACAAAAAUUUAUGAACAGCCAAAUAUAUCAAGACAUAAUUAAUUUCAUAUCCGAUUUAAACAAAUCUGUUAUUGGUGUUGAGAUGAAACCUUUAGAUCAAUUUAUUUUAAAAGAAGAAAAUAAUUCAAACAAUACAAAUUCAGAUAAUAUAUUAUUAUUAUCAAAAAAUGUAUAUAAUAUAUUACAGCUAAUUAAAAUAAUGAAUAUAUGUAUAGAUAAAUGUCCACCCAUAAAACAUCCUACUCGAUUUGGAAAUAAAGCUUUUCCAAUUUUUUGUGAUGAAUAUUAUAAAGAAGUUGAUCAACAAUUACCAAAUAUUUUAAAUGAGUCAGGAAUUUCAAAUAUUUCUGAACAUAUAUAUCAAUUAUCAUUUUAUUUAAAAAAUUCAAUUGGAAAUAAAAAAAGGAUUGAUUAUGGAACUGGACAUGAAUUAAAUUUUUUACUUUUUCUUUUUUGCCUAAACAAAUUAACCUUUUUUUCUACCCCCGACCAUAGACACUUAGUGCUUGUCUUAUAUCGACAAUACUUAGAAUGUGUGCGAAGAAUCCAAGUAAUAUAUACAGUCGAACCAGCUGGAAGUAGAGGAGCAUGGGGGUUAGAUGAUUUUCAAUUCCUCGUUUUUUUAUUUGGUGCUGCUCAACUUUCAUAUAAUAAAGAAAUCCAAACAAAUGAUGUCGAGAAAAAAGAAUUAGUUGAAUUAUGGGCACCAAAAUAUUUGUACUUUGAUGCACUAAAAUAUAUACUAAUGUUGAAGCAUGCUCCUUUUCAUGAAUCAUCUCAAAUGCUGUAUGACAUAUCAGGAGUAAAGACAUGGGAAAAAAUAUGCUCGGGGUUACUUAAAAUGUAUCAAGCUGAAAUAAUUCAGAAGCGACAAAUAUUGCAACAUAUUUUAUUUGGAAAAUUAAUUGACUUUUAA